AAACACAAACGAAAUCGUUCACUGCAGAAGUUGUUUUCAAUCGCUCCGGAAAGUUGAAAUCCGAACUUUCGGCCUCAGUAAAAUGUCCAGCCUGGUUCGAAUCGGCAAUGCACCGCUGGUGCGUAACCUGGUGAACCACUCGCUACGCAGCGCUCGGUUGAUUUCCUCGUCGCAGAAAAACCGUGACGCUGCCACACUCGACAUCCCGAAGAAGGCGGCUGCCCCUAGCAGUGCGACUGCGGCCUCAUCGGUCGGUUCCGGUCGUAACUGGGUGAGCUAUGGUUUCGAUCGACACGACGAAGCGCACGACCGUAGUGUCACAAAUUCGUCGUUCUUCUUCACCGUCACACUGUGCUUGGUGCUGGGCACAGCCUACUGGGCUUACGUUCCGGAUCCACAGCUGCAGGACUGGUCGCAACGUGAAGCAUACCUAGAGCUACGCCGCCGAGAAGCGGCUGGACUGGAACCGAUCAGCAAGGACUUUAUCGAUCCCGCCCAGAUUGUGCUGCCAUCGGACGAAGAGCUGGGCAACACGGAAAUCGUCAUCUAAAGAAAUAUCAUCUACCGGUAACGUGUCGGAAGCAGAAUCACUGGAUUAUGUAAUGGAUACUCCCGACAGCGAUUCGUGAAAUGGUUGAAGUUUUGUCUCGUUUUGUACAUAACAGCGAAGAAAACGAGUGUUGCAAACAUUGUAGCAGUGUGUUGUGAAGGUCGCGAAGUAAUUAAAUAACGAAUAAAUAGGGAAAAUCGUAAAAAUACGAUUGUCGGUCAUACGGUGGUACAUUAUUUUUGUCCAUGAUUUGUUUUCAUUUGCCAUGAUUCGACCUGUCAUCGGUGUCGAAAAUGAUCUAGGAUUAGGGAUGAACCUCUUUCGCUGGCAAGGAAUGUACAGUAGGCAGAAGCGACUGCAUUUUCUAUUGUGUAUAGUAUUACCAUAAUCUUCAUUCAAACAUCCUCAU